AUGCACCCACCUCAUCAUCAUCAUUCACGGAUCAACCUAGCCGAGCUAAAAGCUCAGAUAGUGAAGAAACUCGGGCCCGAUGGCUCCAAACAAUACUUUCACUACCUGAAUCGAUUCUUGAGUUUAAAACUGAACAAAGACGAGUUCAACAAUCUCUGUCUUAAAACCCUCGGACGGGAGAAUAUUCCCCUUCACAAUCACCUCAUUCGCUCGAUACUCAAAAAUGCUUGCACCUCCAAAACCCCUCCACCGUCAAGGGACCACAUUUCAAAGCCCGGGAUUCAAAUUAACUGUAAGGAUAACAAUACAUCUACUGUAAAUGGAGGGGACAUGCUGCUGCCAAUUUCGCCCAAAAAAGCCCGUACGGGCUUGCGUGACCGUAAAAGUGUGGACCGACGAAGCUCACUCGGGCUUAACGGGAAAACUAAUUUUGCUCCUCCUCAGCCGCUGAGUAGCAAGUUUAACGCCAUUUCUGAAAAUGGGGUCUGUAAAUCGUCAGUAUUAAAGUGUAGUACAGGGUUUUCAGCUCCUUCAUGUAGCGAGCAAGACGAGCCUGUUUUGGAUGGGCCUUCUUUGCCCAGGAGCCCUAUUCGGGCCCCACUAGGGGUUCCCUUUUGUCCUGUUAGGGCUGGUGGGGCCCGUCGGGCCCAAACGGGCAGCGGUGGACAUACAGGCCCGUUUUCUAAAGAUGGGAUUUUGUGGGAUAGCGUGAGGUUGAGAGAACGUAUGGAGAAUAUUGCAUUGGCAGAAGGUCUUGAAGGGGUUUCUCUUGAUUCGGCCGACUUAUUGAAUCACGGUUUGGAUUCUUACAUGAGACGGCUGAUUAGGUCGUGUGUUGAGCUCGUGGGUCCCAGUCAAAGGAGUGAGGUAACUAGGAAUGGUAUUGUUAUGAAUAAGCAGUGUGGUUAUCAAAAGCUGAUUAAUGGCAUUAGACCGGGAUAUCAUAAUCUGGUGCAGAGUAGUGGGAAAGCUUUGGAAGUUGAAGAGCAAAGAAAAAAUUGUCGAGCAAUUUCUUUACGGGACUUUAGGGUUGCUAUGGAGUUGAAUCCACAGAAACUCGGUGAGGAUUGGCCGUUGUUGCUGGAGAAAAUAUGUAUAAAUGCAUUCGAAGAAUAG